AUGGUGGACUGUGUGGGAGAAAAUGGUAGCACACACUAUCACUAUGCAGCUCCAGGUUGGUAUUCAUGUUGGUUUAUCCAAAAAUAAUAUUUUCCUCUCAGAACUCUGUUGGAUAAUGCUUAUCAGUACAUACCAGAUGGGAGAAUAGUGCUUUUUGCAUGUGCUAAUUGGCUAAUUUGGAAGUGACUAGCUAGUACUAUUCAUUUCUGAGCAGCUGAAAGGAUAUAUAAAAUGGCAAGUCAAGAAUUUCAUUUCCAACCAUUUCUUGGCAUAAUGACAGAAGUUAACUAAUUUGUUGGUUUUUCGGUGGUAAUUACUUCAACAAUUGGUCGCCUUAGUUUCUGUAGUGGGUGGAAUUUUUCUUCACUUCAGUUAAUAAUUCUUCAUGUUUUCUUCAAAUUUUAAUCUUGGUGUAUCUGAUAAUGAUAACUUUGUAUGAUUAUUUUAGGGAGGUACACUGGUCAGCCAUCACUCAUCACCCAACCACAGCUUUGUCAUAAUUGUAACAAAAAUCAAGCUACAAAAAUCCAGGAAUUGAAUUCAUUUGAACCAUCAAGAGAGGUGAAGGCUUCCUACCAUUAACACUAUUCAUAGACAUUGGGAUGUUUUGUCAAAAUCAUGACAAAUUUUAUUCAUGAUCAAGAUUGGUUUUCAGUGUACAGGUGAUGCUUUUUAUAGGACUGUAUAAUAGGACUGUUUGAGCAUCAUGCCUGUAUACAAUAUAUUUGACAGCACACAGUUUUGCAUACAUUCUUAAGUACACUACUGGGUUCAAUUUCCAUUUUCACGGAAAGAAAAUUUGAAGUUGCAUGACUGUGUAUACAUGUUUGAAAUACUUUAAAGCUGAUAGUUUUAUUUAUAAACUUUCAUCAUGUGUUUGGUAAUGUUAAUCACAUAACUUUUAACCACUGGAACCAAUUUUCUCACACUGGUACAUUUUGCAGUCAAAAAUGAUUUCAGGCUAAAAUGAUUUAAAACUGCGGGUAGUUUGAUUUUUUAUUAUGUUAUAUCAUGGAACAGAGGGAAACAUACAAUUUUUCAAGAAGGAUUGAAACAUUUUGACCUGAAGUUCAUUUUUAACUUCAGCAACCAUAAUAUACUUAAUUCAACAAAUUUUUUUGCAGUCAGACUUCUUUUCGGAAUUUGAUGCUCAUAAAAGUCACCUGGAUAAGAGAUAUAAACUAUGUCAUUCCUGUCAUAACACUGUUCAACAUCACUUGAACCUUCAAGAAAAGGACCUGAAAACAUUUGUACUUGGUACUCAUCUGCAAAAGUCAAAAUCAACUCCAACAAAAUUAAAGGUAACAGGUUUAAGAUUCUACUUUUAAAAUAAAGAAGAUGUUAUUUACCAGGCGGGUGGCCUAUAUAGGGAAAAAAACUAUGCACAUUAAGGCACUGUUUUCUCUCAUAUGGAGUGGCCUAGAUUGGUGAAGAGUAAGAAUAAGAGUCAUUAAUCCUGUUGACUGAUGAUCUAAUUUUGAGUGUUUUAAUCAUUUUUUUUUCUUUUUUAGCAUUUUAAGACAUACUCACCAGAAUCCAUUAUCAUUGUGUUAGCUAAGCUGACUUGUGUUUUCCUUGCUGCGCUGUUGGUGUUCUCAGAUUCGCCACAUGCUAACCACAAUACUUGUGGUAAGUGCAGUUAGCAUGUUGUGGUUCAAAUGUUUCCUUUGUUUCAAAGUUUUUCCAAACCAGUUUCAGUUCAUUUUUCUUAUCCUUUAAUUAAAUAACAUUAAAUGAAGAAAAAAAAUGACAUGAAAUUGCUUUUGAUCACUAGUAUUGUAUCAUAUUAUCAAAUGUGGUGGAAAAUUUUUAAUAAAACCUGAAUGGAAAGCUCUGAUUGAAAAACUUCUUCACUAAAGGAAUAAUGAUUUACCUCAAGGCUUCCCAUGUGACCAAAACUUUUGGUGAUGGCGAAAUUUUAAAAAAUUCUAAAUUUACCGUUGCUGUUGUUUAUUAUCACCAUUUUCUCAACACUUAGUGACCAGACUCAGUAUUUUUUUCCUCCUCACAAUAUCACCCCUGAAUCACACAUUAAGGUCCCAAGAAUAAAGGAAAUGAUCACUGACUAACCAAGCUUUUGAUUGUUCAACAAAUUCUCCCAGUCAGAACCUUAGGAAAUGUAUGGAGAACAGUAUGGAUGUUAGGGUGAAAAGGGUAAAACUGGUCAAUAUUUUUUCCUUUUUCUUGAGGUGAAUUCCUGAGCUAUUGGAGCAUCUCAUUUGUGGCUAACCAAGACUUUUGGUCCAGUUUUCCACACAAAAAUAUGACAACAGCAUCAGCAUGUUUAUUGUUGACUCAGUUAUUUCAAGUAGCAGUGAGGACUUCAUGGCAGAAAAGCUUAGAAUUAAUGCUCUGUCUGUGUAGUAAGUAAUCUUUUACAAGUUUAACCUACUUGAUAGAAAUUAGUGUAUACAUGUUCCAUUGCAAUGUGUGGGACAGUUUCAGAUAUCUUCCUCAAGGCAUGAACAUAGAUAAGAAAUUAGAUAAGGUAAAGCCUGCACAAGAGCAAAGUGGGCAACCAGCUGGAGCCCAUUUUAGUUUCCUUGGCAUGAAGCGACCAGGAGUAUCACCAACCCCCUCUGGAUGGGAUGCCAGUCCACAAGGUUACCCCCAACCCCUUCGCAAUUCACAGAGCUUCCCUAGCAGUUUGACAGGUGCCAUUUAUACUCCUGGGCAGAGAGAGGCACUGUGAAAGUAGGGUUUUUUGCCUGAAAACACAACACAUUGGCCAUCAUGUCUCUCAUACAUACAGGUGCCUCAGGAAUGUAAGGGUUACUGCUGUGAGCCCCCUACUUUAGGUAACCAUUAACACUGAUUAACAAAAAAGUAGAGAGGGUGGGGUGGGGUGGAAAACACCCAAAAGAAAUUGGUACAAAUGAUGCACACCUAAAAGACAACCACUUCAAAAACCACUUAUAAACACUCAGAUCCAACUGCAACAUUCUCAGUGAGCCUUCACAUAUGACAUUGACUACUGACCAGAAUCAUUUGGCAAACAUGUGGAAAAUGAUGUUGCUUAACCCUCAAUUAAUAAUGUAUCUUGUCUUAUUAGUGAUUUGUUUUUUGAAUAAAUCUGCCAGUCUGUGGCUUAUGCCAAUAAUACCUCUUAUUCCAUGCUGAGUUAUCAAUAAAUAUUUAAUAAUCAAAACUGAUUUUUUAAGUCCAAAUGCAGUUUAUGAUCAGUGUACUUUUCAACAAAGUUAAUUCAAUGUAAAUUUUUUAGGCUUAGCAAGGAGGAAGUACUUGCACAUCUUGUUGUGUUGCUUCCUGAUGAAUUUCCUCAUAUUUUUGAAAAAAAAGAGCAGGUAUUUGAAAAACAGAUUAUCUUGUAGUAGAGUUAAUUAUUCCCUGUUAAUGAACAACAAGCAGUGAAUCUGUUUGGGCAUCUUUAUUGAGGAAACAAGGAAGCCCUGAGGGCCUGAGGAAAGCCCCAGAGUGGAAGGAAGGGAGAAGAAACAACUGCAAUGAACGAAUGAACAAAGCAAAGUGAUCACAUGUCAAACAAAUGUCAGUCAACAACUAGUCAGAUGCCGCAUGUAGGCCUGGGGCAAAAUAAGUUGUUCCCAACCUCCAGCCAGGAAUAUGAAUACUGAUAACCUAAUAACUAUUUAAACGUAAUAUGAAUUGAAUUUGAUUUGUUCAAGUAAGUGUUGCGCCUGCAUCACUUUUUACACAUGUACUGAGGGGGGAAGAUUAAAUUUAUGGCUGGGGAAAAUUUCUCAUUCCAGCCUCAACUUUGAAAAUUGAAACAAAAGAAGGAACAUUUUAGUAGAACAGGAGGGGAUGAAGAUAUUAUAAAGUUGUACGGCUCUUUAUUCAUUUUGAGGGUGUUGCUUUUGUAAACUGUUUCAAUGGGAUUUUCUUCAUUAUUUUGGAUGUGUUCAUCUUUUCAGCUGGGUAAUUACCUAACCGCUAAACAUGCACUGAUCCUUUUUUUUUUUUUUUUUUUUUUUUUUUUUUUCAGAUUUGGCAUUUUGAUUUUAGUCUCGUGGACCUUACUUUCUGCUCUAAGAUUCUGGUAAGUUCAAGGACGUAGUUAAACCAUUAUCCUGCGAAAAAGUUGCUCAUCAUAGUUAAACCAUUAUCCAGCGAAAAGGGUUCGUCGAGCCAAACCUGAGUGGCUCCUUUCAUUUGAUAAAAUGACAUCCAUUUGACUGCUUGCUUUUUUCCCUGGCUGUUAUUAACGUCUCUAGGGUUGCCGCUUUUUAUGUCGUACACUUAGCGAACAGUUUACUGAGUUAAUAACUUGAAAAUUUAUGGAUGUAGAUGACGCCGCACGGUCCUCCCUGAGUUCCUUCGCCCCGAAGUGUGGUUGCGUCGCCCCCAAUUUGAAGUUGCUUCACCUCCAACUUUUGACCUUUCUGAUUAACCAGAAAUAUAUUGAAAGGAUUUUAACUGUUAACUCUGAGAAUGUAUUAGACGUUUGACCACUGUGUUUUGUUUGGCUGGUGUGCCUCUAUCAAUAUUCAUCACUGAAAUCAAAGCUUAAAGGAAAGGAGGUGUAAAGUCCGUUUUGUUUUUCAACUUCUCAGGGAAGUUUUUUGGCGUAAGACUGACACCAGAUGGCACACCAGAAUGGCUGUGUUCUGUCUCAUCCUGGACAUGUGCUCUUUCUUAUUUUCCCUCCUUUCAUACGCAAGAGGCAUGGUUAGAAGAAAAAAGAAAAGGUAUUCAAGAAGUUUGGUAGACUUACAUGUGGUCUGUUUUGACGCUGAGUUAAAGAGUUUCGCUGACAGACUAAAAGACUGUCUCACAUCGAUUGCAACGGUGGUACCCGCUCACUUCGCCGACAAGCCAACUCGCCGCCUCUAUUAGUCAACUCGCCGGCAGUCGUCUUUGGUCGUUGACAUCAAAUCAAGUAUCAAAAGUUAGUGUCAGCGAGUUGAUGUCGGCUGGUUGGUUAGUAUUGUCGGAGAGUGGUAUCAGCGACUUGUCAUUUCGGCGAAGUGACCGGUCACCGCAACAACUCUGCGGCAAUUUUUAAGGCGUUUGCCAGAGUAUUUCUCUUUUUGGGUCAAAAUUUUUGAAUGUUUAAUCUGCAAAACUACUUUUUUCUUUUCACGUUCAUUUCCACGACUUGCGCAAAUUACUUAACUGUGCCAGUCUUCUAAGGAAGUUGUAAGAAAAAAAAGUUGUGGGUUUUUUUGCGGCGUCAAAAACGGGCCACAGAAUUGUAAGACAAACUGCAUCGAAAUGUUACGCAGUGUAACAGAAAUUUUAAGGUUUGCGUAAGAAAUCUGUCGGAAACAAGUUACAUUUAUUUAAUACCAAAUUCCAGCUUAGUUCUAAUUUAGUAACUAGAGUAUUCGAAAUGAUAAGAAAAAUUUAAAAAGUCUAAAAAGAAAGGCAAAAAAUGGGUGGGCUUGGGUAAUCUGCGUUUGGCUGAAAAAUUUCUUGACUCAGGAGCAUACGAGAUUGAAUUUAGGCAUAAUUACGUUACAUUGUUUGAACGAUUCCAGAUGCCAAUUUACACCAAGUCCAUCCAGUGUCGAAAAACAUCACACAUCGGCAGUUGAUUCAAAUGCCAUGGACACAAGUACAUGCUCUGAGGUGAGAUGUCUUUAAACACACACAGGGAUACAAUUUUAAUGGAGAUAUCCUGUUCACAUAAUAAGGAGCAUUACGCUCGCAUUUUGAUUGGUGAUUACUUAUGAUCUAUUGGAGAACAGACAGGUGACGUCACCAUUAACAACAUUUUGCUUUAUUGCUAGUUAAGACAAAGAGAUCCCAUGUUGCCGUGGGUCUGUUCAGUAACUGAUCACAGGAGACGUCAAAAUGUGGAAAAAUCAUCAGUGACACACUCAGCCGGUCCUUGUGUGCCACUCCUUUGUUCCUAUCCCAUUUUGAAGUCAUCUGUGAUCUAUUAGCGGGGCUCUCAGAGCGUAGCCCCAUAAUUAUACAAAAUAGUAGUAACCCAUCAAGCCGAAAAAAUUUGGAUGUACGACCGUACAAGGUGCUACUUUUAACAUGCGUGGUCAACUGUACCGCGGGCACGCCAACGCCACGGCUUUGUUCAGUAUUCCAGUGGUCAGUGCACUGGGCUCCGAGUCGGACGACCCGGGUUCUAGUCCUGGCCAGGGCAAGGCGUUGUGCCUUUGAGACGUGCGGGAAAAAAAUGUGAGCUCCACUUUUAGGCUUGGCUAAAUCUAUAUAUUACAGAACAGACGCACGGUAACGUGGAUCUAUUUGUUAAACAGAGUGUGGGUUCCAUAUAUAUGAAAUACUUUUGUAUCAAUAAACGGUGACCUUUUAACUGACUCUUUCCGUUGAAAUCGUCAAUUUGUCAAACGGAUUCCAUUUCGCCGCAUAUUUCGUAGGUUUGAUGUAUGGCUCUUCAGUGUUACAAGUGGCUAGAACUUGCUGUAUGUUCUUGUUAAUUCGCAGAGUACACCCUCUCAUCGUAAAACAUCAACAGAAUUAGAUCACAACCUGAAUGGCCUGUCAUUAGGUUUACCCACUAAGAGAAAGAAUGGCUACAGGAACCCGUUGUCACCAGGGAAUUUUGGAACAGGUAAAAUAAAAAACCUUUCACUUCAUAUUGCUUCGCCAGGCACAUUCGUUAACUAAAUCGUGAUCACACAUUCUUUAAUCAGGCUUGUUUCUUACACAACUCCAAGUUGAGACGAAUUCUCAUUCUCCUCCUCGACCGAUGUUUUUUUUAUCACAUUACCCGUACGUCCCCGUCCCUCCCCCACCCAGUAAAAGAGCCGUAGGCGAUGGCGCGAGCAGAGCCUGCAAUAGCCGUACGGUCAUCCCUGAUGCGAGCAGCGACGUUCAUGUGAAAAAAAGCGCCGUUCAUCUGAAAAAAGAAAUACCUAUUAACUGAGUUUGGUCGGGCCGAAUGGUUAGAUAUUUGGCUCUCAAUCGUGAGGUAUGGACCUCACUGUGUUUGGUCCGUACCUCAUGGUCUUGGGCUUAAAACUUUUUUCCCUUCUUGCCCUCCUACUUAGUCAAUAAGGACUUAUUUUUCUUGUAGUCUAUUGCGACUAGUAUCGUAAAACACCAUUGUAACGUUGAAGAACAUUCUGAUUGGUACUUUGAGAUCACUUAUAGGGGUCAUAAAAUUUGUUAAGAUUAGAGGCCUGGACCCGCUGCGCACAUGAGCUGUGUGAUUGGUUAAUUUCCUUGAAAUACUUAAAGUUCUUUUAAAUUUCAUACAUAGAACAAUGGAAUCUCGUCGUCUCGAAACCUUGCUCCUGUCAUUUGUAGCCUUGACCACGCCCCUUACAGUGGAUUAUCAUCGUUGUGUCCCUAAACUUCAUCCUGGCACUCUCGAACCAGGUUUAUCUUCGGCCAUUAAUGUUUGUUCUUAAUUUUUUUUAUUAUUAUUUUCUCAAAAGAUUACGCGACAACAUUACAGAUUUGAGUGGUCACGGUCCUUUUUGAGGCUAAUUUUUUUCGAGUUCAUGAUCUAGAAUCCUUUAGGAUCUCAUAGUUCGCCAUCAUAACGAACUCAUAUCUGGUAGUGUCUUCCAAGUUGAGGUAGUUUCGCAUGGCGCAACAAAUAUACCAAAUAUUCAGAGGUAACUUACUUAAGAAAUGUGAAAUGUUAUUUGCAACACGGCAGGCAUGAGAAUGAUAAUUGACUAAGGCCAUUGGAAAUUUCUGCUAACAGUCCUAUAAAAGUCUUCAUUUAACGGCUUGUAAUAGUCACGCAAUAAUGUCACGACGUCUUCGUUCACGUGAGGGUGUGGUCGACCCUUGUCUUUUGACAAGCAUCCAGAUUUGGUUGGUUCACCAUUUGCUUGGGUGGGUGGAACUAAACACGGGAAACCCUUAGUUUCGUUGAAGUAGAAUAACUUUUCAUCAAUGAAUGGUUUUAGUCCCAAGAAUUUCUCUACCAAUUUCAAUUCUGGGACGGGGUUUUUGAUAAGUUCUUCGCCAUUUACGAAGAGAAUUUGCUCUAGAGGGAAAUAUUUCAACCAAUUUUUUAGAUGAGUUAUAUAGACGCCAGUUUGGACUAUUUUGCUAUAUUUUAGCACUGUGCCAUUUUUGGUGACGUAUUCCUCGAAUGGUCUGAUCUUGCCCUGAUAUUUAUCGAAGAUUUGCGCGUAAUCUGAAAUCGCACGCACAGUCGGGUCACGAACUAUCACCAACAGCUUAACAUCCGGGGACAUGUUGUAAAUCAGACGAGGAGCAUCUUGAGUAACAUAAUAGGCUGGUGUUUUCUCAAUUGUGAUUUCAUUUUUCAAAGACUUAGGCAUUUGAUUUCUGUACCACUCCAAGCCUCGCUUAUAGUUGUCUUGUUCGUCAAAGAAAUGCAGUUCUCGUGAACAAGCUCGCACGCUGGGAUGACGCGCAAGAGAAUCCAAAAGUGCUCUUGUUCCUCCUUUUCGUAUUCCAGUGAUAAGAGCAUUUGGAAGUCUUUUUUGUUCCAACUCCGUUUCGCUAUCGUUUCCUUCAUUGGUCAUCACAUAGUUUGAAAGCGCGCUCUGUUGUGAUCCUGUGUUACCUUCGAUUUGGUGACUGGCGGUUUCGUCGUCUGCUAGCUUUUGUUCCAAGUCUUUUUCGUUUUCUGAGAUCGAAUCAAAGAUGAUUACGUCGUCUGUAUCUUGAAUCGCGUUUUCAGUUUGCCCCAAUGAUUCCUGUGUAUUUAUUGCAAACACUUUCUCAUAAGGAAUUUCGUAGUUUUUCGUGGGCUCUCUGACUCGAAUUAUUUGACCGUAGAAUAAACAGUACAUAAACGUUGUUACGAGGAACAGAAGCGCACUACAAAAGUAUCUCUGUCGGCAUGACCGCAUCAUUGUUCUGUUUUCAUCAGUGUACUAUUCCUCCCCAAGUCUUCUGAAAGUAUCACCUCGUGAUAUAAGUUGUCUGCACAGGCCGUUUAUACAAGCUAUCCAGUUAGUUCCUGUUUGAAACUGAGUAAACAAAAAGUUCGAUACACUUUAAGAGGUUAGAAACUGAUCAAAUUUAGCUCUAAGAAACCGCUUUUGUUCUGUAAUUUAAAAUCUUUGGAGACGGAUUAUUUGAAACAUUUCGUUUUCCAACUGGUAUUUCCGUUGAUUUUUUCCGCGUUCGUUGUUCAUAUUGCAGCAUCUCUUAAUUUUUUUACACGCAAGACGUUCUCGACAUUGCUGAUUCUAGCGGUUUGUAAUACGUUUGUCACGUAUGGACCUCAAUGUUUUCCUAUGCUUGGCACAAAAGGAAAAACAUUUUCAUUUAGAUAUAUCGUAUUCAAGCUUGGUAAUGUGUGAAACAGGGUAUCUCUAGAAAUUGCGAGAAAAAAGUCCUUAGUAAUUCCGUAGAGGACUUUAAUGUCUAGAAUUAAAACUUCCCAUGGGAAUGGUCCUAGAUUGCAUUCCUGUCAAAACCGAGUUACGUUUGGUGAUGACUGAAAACAUGUCCUCUCACUAGCUAUCGAGUAUGCCUCACUGCUUGAAAUUUGAAGCGAAUCCAUUGCUCUGAUUGGUUAGCUGAGCAGGUAAGAUGCCACGCGGCAUUUUCCACUGUGAUCUCGCAAAAGAGUCAAAAAAGAGCUUGUAGCCGGUUAGCAGUUUCGGCAGCAACCAAGUCACAAUAAGGCCCUUAAACAAUCAAGUUUCGUGAAUUUUUUCAGUAAUUCUUUAGCGUAUUAUUUUCGCAUUUGAAAAUACCAUAUUGACAAAACUUGGUUGGUCAACAACGCUUGACUUCUGGGCGCGUUCUUUUUCCUUACUGAACUAAGGCGACGUCUUGGGUCAAAAAUGUAUGCGAAAAGAAGAAAAGAGAACUUGAGAAAUGUCUAUCCGUAUUGUACUCACACCCGGUCCAUAAUGCGCUUAUCUUCAUUUGCAUCAAAUUAUCUAUUUCUCUGUAACAUUUUAAUCAAGUCCUAAGCAGUGAAUAAAUGUCUAACGUUUACGAAGAUAUUUCGCUGAUGAUCAAAUAUAUUUGGACACAAAAUAUAAUAUUAAGGUUUCAGCAAUUUUGCUUACAUUCAAUUACGUUGUUUUCCGACUUAAUUUUUUAUUUCUUCAUCAUGUCAUUAUUUGUUGCAUAUUAAAUAAAUCCUGUAAUAUGUAUGUAAAAUGUCGAGUUAUUAUAUUUUCACAUAGAUUUCAAUAUAAAUGACAGUUUUACUCUGAGAGAAUUCUCAGUUAUGCUGGGAUAGGAAACUUUUGAAGGUCUCAAAUCGAUGAAGCCACGGUCUCACUGAACUUUCGCGAUCCUAGCAUAUUGAAUGACAUGAAAGCGAUAAAAGCAAAGAAAAAUGCAAGCAAUAAACAAAAGGGUUCCCUAUGCUUGCGCAGAAGCUCAAGCAUAGGGGAAUUAAACGUUUGAAACUCAGCUAAACUUGAACGACGAUGAAAAUGAACUUGAAACUUGAAAUAAGAAGCAUCAGUGUAGACAAACAUCGUAAUUAAAAUAAUCCAUUCAGAAUAAAUGAAAUCAGAAGUUUGUGAAGAAUCGGUGUCAGCCCUACCUUUGCAGGCUUGUGAAGUUGGUGGAGCUUUUUCUGAAUCAGUAAGCUGUUGAUCUCGCGAAAGUGUCCCUUCUUUAAAAGCAGUUUGUCAUAGUUUUUUGAACAUGAAAAAAAUAUCAAGGAAUUUUAAAUUGACCCAUUAAGUCGAUGAGCUUGCACCUAGGCCUGAAUGAACAGUUUGAAAAUAUGAUUCUCUUGAUCAAAUUUAAAGUUGGUAAAAAAGUUUCGACGUGAGAUAUAUUGGUCAAUCCCGCCCGCUGCUUCUUUGGUGAACUCGCACAAGAGUUUUCAGCCGAAAUGCACUGUGUGUGCCGUUGAAAAGACACUUUUACAUACAUUACUUUAUACAGGUUUAAAAACGCUUAUUUAAUUUUGGCGUUGCCAGGGAUUUCUUCGCAUGUUCGUGUGGAACUUAAAGGGCAAACACUCUUUUGCUUAGUGAAGCUUAAAAACAGAUCAUAUAAAUCUGAUUUACAUUUUAGUGUUUACUUAUGGUAUCGAGUUCCUUAUUGAAAAAAAAAAGUAGAAAAUCAGAUGAAGGGUUAGGAUUAACUUUUGCAGAUCAAACCAAAGUUGUUGAAGGGGUUUUUUUGGGAAAAAAAUUGAUUAAAAGAAAAAAAUAAUAACACUUCUAUCUGUGCUGAAGAAAUCAAUACAAACUCCUGCAUAAGUAACACAAUAGGGGGCACUGCUCUUUCUUAAAAUAUAUACUUCUUUCCUAUUCAUUUAUUCCUAAACUCAUUGAUACAUUUUUUAGUAAAGUCCAUAAUUACCAAGGCAAGGAAUUUAUUUUUUUGUCAAGAGGUUCUUUCUAAUCAAAGUUUUCACGGCAGGAGUCUAACACUAUACCAAUCAAUUGUUUAUGAGAGAGAUGAUAACUGCCCAAUGAGCUAUGUUGCACCAUUUAGAAUAUCAGUUUCAAUUUCUGAGAGUUGUUGGUUGCUCUAUGGUGUCUUUUUUUGUGAUAGAAAUUAGUUAUUAGUUUAUUACAAAGUAUUGUCAGUAAAGAAAUAAUCUGUACUUGAUAAACAUUCUUGGAUCGUCCAUUUAACGUGGCAAGUUACCACAGCAACAAAAUAGCCUAUCAAAAUAACGGUCUUUUAUAUCUCUUAGUACGUGCGCCAUGAUUAGUCAAUGUAGCGGGCCUUAUUUCACUGUACGGCCCACUAAACCGAGAAGUUUGUUUGAAUUGAUAUCCUUCCCCUCUAUAUGAACCCAGAGACAUGAAAAAUUACUAACUUAUCUCAUUUUCUCGGUCUUCUCGGUAACUUACGCAAUCUCGUAUGAAAUGAGCGAGCGAUAAUACGAGCGAAAAAAACUCGGUCCGUAACUUACCGUACGGACCAAGAAAACGAGGUAUAUUAGUAGUAAGUGGUACUGUGACAUGUCGCUAUAACCUGAUGUCUAGUGCUAAUUUGGCGAAGUCUCUGAUGUUCAUAAUCCCCUAAGAGUUUGACGGAAAAAGCGAACGGACCCACAAUAAUAAAAAAAUUAAGUCCGAUUCGUUAGAGUUCCCAGAUAGGAAAACACCUAAAGCAGAUCAUCCCCGUAUAAUUUCAGGAUUCAUUUCAAGAUUAUGCUCGUAGUUGAAGAAUCAAACACUCAAGAAAAGUCUACAAAGUUCAAGCGCGAAGAGGGAGAAUUCCCUUGUGAUAUGGGCUUUUAACUGAAUUUUAAUCAGCAUGGCAAAGCUGGCCUGUUUUUUAGACGCAGCACAGCUGCAAGGUUUGUCCUAAAUUUCUCCUCAAGGCGCGCAAAAGCACCAGCUGUGUGGGCUAGAUUUUGAUUUAAGCCUUUUUUUAUUUCCAUAAAGGUUUCUUCUGGAGUCAAACUUUGAGCAACAAUUCAGAGGAGUCACCUUUGGUAUCCAUGCAACAAAGGCCCCUCAUCGUUCCUGCAACGUUGCAUUUUUCUGGACUCCGUGACAGAUCUCCAGCAGCCCGAACCUUAGAAACACAAAGUGGUAAGGGAAUUUAAAUAAUCUCUAAAUUUAUUUGGUGCUACUGGGCCAUUUUACACGAAAUUUUUAGUAGUGGGCAGUCUCGGAAAACUUUUCACUUUUUAAUCGAAAUAACGAAACGAAACAUAUGACAAAUGAAUGGUUUUUGAGCUAAGACCCGCAUUAUUAUACCUCAGAGCUACGAUUUGAAAUUUGGCUUUGGGCCCAUUAUGUCAGGGAGACUUUCACGAAAAGGGCCCUGAUUUUUUAACCCUCAUGUCUUUCUGACGGAGAGUCUUCGAGUGGGAUCCAAUUUCUAACUUCGCUAAGCGCUCUUGGCUCUUCAUUCGACGACCCAAACUUUACCAACUCUUGAUCUUAGUUUAUAGUCGCUUUUUAAAUUACAUUAUUUUGGGUAGUUGUGGCGUUUUUGGUCAGACUCAAAAGGCAACUUUGUUCCCAGGUUCCCCUCUCUUUCGUUCUUAGAAAGAUCCUGAGAACGAGGUUGUCAUCGAUGCGGAUAAUCGUUUAGUGAAAUAGUAAGUCUUAGCAGAGGAAGUGAUCCUUUGAAUUUAGCUCGAGAGUUUGUCACCAGGAAGUUUCAGUAUCCCUGGCCUUACAUUUACCUGAUUUGCUUUUUCGGUAGACUUCUUGUAGAUAUUCAGGGGCUGGGGGCCGGGUGGGUGGGAGGUUAAGAGUGACGUCAGGGACGGGUGACUGGGGAAUUUUUUUUGCGGUGAGAGAAUUCUAAGUUUUUACUGUGUCCUUUUCAGUUGCUCGCUCUGGUGGUAACUCCUACACUAUCUCCUCGGAUGAGGACUCCGAGUCUGAAUCAGACACAAAAGAUGAGAACUUUCAGCAGGUAAGAAACCAGUUUGGCAACGAAUUCGCGGAGUUGAAAGCACUUUCCUCUUUAAUAUGUUUGCAAACAAGUCUUCUUAGCCUCUCUGUUGGUUGGAAAUUGCCUAGCCUGUACACCGUCAUGUCGAAGCUAGCAACGCGAAUUUGCACCCAUGUAAAAUUAACAAUCAUGCCCUUAAUUUAUAACAGAGGUCCAUAGCUUUGACGACAAAUUAUCAAUAUGUCUCCGUGAUGAUGAUCUAACGCGUUUUAAAACAAGUUUACAUCCUUUCAACAGAAUUCACAUCUAAUAAAUGACAGAAAGUCAAAAUCAAAGCAAAUCCCAAGAAGGACCAAACGUCAGACUUCUUCCCCGAAGAUAAUAAUGACACCAAUUACUAGGAGUUUGUUACUCCUUACAAGCUUAUUGUUAAACGCGUAUUUUAUAGUAUCAUUCACCGACUGGCCCCAGCGAAUUCUGUUGUCAAUUAGAAAGGUUUCGGGAACAAGUAAAUAAACCAAAAAAAUAUUUUUUUAAGAAGGCGAGGACAUUAGUCAGUAUCUGUAAAUUAAUCUCCUUUAUUUAAUGUUUUUGUUAUCAUUAAUAAAAUACAAGUGAAUACAGAAUAUCAGCA